AUCAUUUCAUUCUGUUGUUCGAAAAGAAAAAUCAGAAUGAAAUUCCUCGUUGUACUCGCAACAGUUAUUUUGACUGUGAACGCUCUCACGGAUUCAGGAGAAUGGGCAGCUUUCAAGGAGAAACAUGGAAAAACCUACAAGAGUGCCCUUGAAGAGAGCGUUCGAUAUUCUAUUUUCCAAAACAAUCUAAGGAAAAUUGAAGAUCAUAACGCCAGAUAUGACAGCGGGGAAGAAACUUAUUAUCUUGGCACCACCAUAUUUGCUGAUAUGUCCACCGAAGAAUUCAAAGCCAUGCUUAAACGCCAAAUGAAGAAGAGACCAGCAUUGGAUGAUGCUCUGAAACAUGAAUACGAUCCUGAAAAUAAAUUACCUGAGUCUGUUGACUGGAGGAAGGAAGGAGCUGUUACCCCAGUACAGAAUCAAGGACAUUGUGGAUCUUGUUGGGCCUUCUCUGCUACUGGUUCUUUAGAAGGUCAACAUGCUAUCAAGAAUAAUGUCACAACCCUUCUGAGUUCUCAGCAACUUUUGGAUUGUUCAACAUCAUACGGUAACGGUGACUGCAAUAAAGGUGGUGAAAUGACUUAUGCCUUCGACUAUGUCAAGGACAAUGGUAUUGAACCAGCUUCUAAGUAUCCUUACGAAGGCGUUCAACAAUCUUGUAGAUACACCGCCUCUGAAACCAUCGUCAAGGUAGCCAGUUAUGUCGAACUUGAGAAAGGAAAUGAAGAUAGUCUAAAAGACGCAGUUGCAAACAAAGGACCAGUAUCAGUAGGAAUUGACGGUGACACAAUUCAGUUAUAUCUCGGUGGUAUCUUCUCCUCUAUUCUUUGUUCCCACGACCUCAACCACGGAGUACUCGUAGUCGGCUAUGGAACCGAGAAAGUAUUGUUCUCUAAUACUGACUACUGGAUCGUCAAGAACUCAUGGGGUUCAGGUUGGGGUGAAGAUGGAUACAUGAAGGUGAAAAGGAAUGCAAAGAGCAUGUGCGGUAUUGCCGAUGAACCAGUUUAUCCAAUCAUUGUGUAGGAUAUGGAGUCAUGCAGAAAAAAACACCUCUACCGACCUAAUGAGAAAGCUCAUAAUUAUGAAGAUAUAACAUCAUCUUCCAUGUAGGAUAUGAAGUCAGGCAAUAAUAACACCUUAACUGUCCUUGUGAGGAAGCUUAUGAUUAUGAAUAUAUAAUAUAGUACUUCACUG